AUGAAUGUUGAUGUAGUCGACUCAGUCAGCGCAGUGACAAACUUCGAGACAAGUCUCGGCGGUAUCAAGGGGUCUCAUGAUUUCUCAACAGCCGAUGCCUGUGGUUUGAGGUCUGAUCGUGAUUCAUGGAAUAACAGUAAUUAUGAUGAUGGUGAUGAUGAUGAUGAUGAUGGUGAUGAUGAUGAUGAUGGUGAUGAUGAUGAUGGUGAUGGUGAUGAUGUUGAUGACAGAUCUAAGAUUAACGAUUCCACUCGGGAAAAGGAAGGCAAAGUUCAGAAAACGUGA